AUGACUAUUUUGCAUAGGAAAUGGGAGCUGAAAAGAUUGAAAGAUGAGAAUUUGUCUCCUCUUCUUCCCCUGGACAUUAAUCUAACUGGCCCAUCACUCGGUGGUUUGGAAAGGACAUUAUCACAACUUGACGUGCUUCCUGGUUCUGGCAAUGCCUUGGAAAGAGUACUGGCUUUGGAACUAGAGCUUGCAGAAGCUCUCCAAGCAAAGAAGAAAACAGACAUCCUUUUCCAGAGGGACAUCAAUGAACUGAUACAAGAUACUAUGGAGUUGAAGAGGAGGCUGAUGGCUGUGAAAAAUGAGCAAAAGGAGAUGCAGGGCAGGUACUCAGAGCUCAGCUUGCAGUUCGCCAAGGUGGAGGGUGAAAGACAAAAGCUCGAAAUGAAUCUGAAGAAAUGA